GGGGGCCAGUCUGAUGGUCAGUUAGGGGGAGAUUUGGGGUGAGUGCUAUUCCCUAGUGGCACAUGAGUUUAUUGGCAGUAGUAGAGCCCAUGUGGGUGUUGCAGUUUAACCAGUAACUCCAGUAUCAGGAGGAGAGUGGGAAUGAGCUGGGACAUGAGGUAGGUGCAGACCUGUGAGUAGACGUGGGGCAGGUAAGUACCUGUAGUAGAAAUCACCUGGGUGUGAGUGUAGUUACAUAGGGAGAUAACAAGAUAUAGGGGAGGGAAGAGGAGCAGGUGUAAGGGGGGUACAAGUCAAAUGUUACUGGGGAUAUAACAGAACUUGUUUGUGUGCCGGCUGGAUCCAUUAACCCUUGAUGGUCUGGGAGGAAUUAAAAAGUGCUGAGUGUCAGCUCUUCACCCUGCUGACUGGUCACAUUCAUUUCCAUGAGGACAGCUAAAAGAAAAACAAUGGGGGCAGCGUCAUGGUAGAACCGGACCACCACAAAACCCUUAUUACUGGAAAACCCAGGGAAGUGAAACUGUAGGAUUAACUGGGAGGUUCUGCAGCCCAAGUUCUGACCCAGCAGUAUAUGAGCUGGAGAGGUGCUGGGAGUCACUGGGCACCUGUUGUGUCAGAGCAGCGACUGUAUCUGAGGAGGAAGGUGCUACAAGGAACAAAGGGUUAACUGCACCAACACCACCACUGGGACCAGAACUACGGGUGCUGGGCACCUCCCGACCCCCUCCUGCCAUGCUGCUGCCUCUCUAUUAUGUGAUCCCUGUAUUGGGGGGCUAUGCACUCACCUCCUAUUAUCUGCUGAGGAACCCCCACAUCCUACACAAGAAGAAAAAACUGCCCUUCUACUGCCGUCACAUCUCCCACAGAGGGGGAGCAGGUGAGAGAAUUGAGAACACGCUGGAGGCUUUUGACAACGCCAUGUCCAAUCACACGGACCUCCUGGAGCUCGACUGUCACAUGACUAAGGAUGGGAAGGUGGUGGUGUCCCAUGACCUGAACCUGCUGAGGCAGACGGGCCAUGAUCUCAAUAUCUGUGACAUCACAUAUGAGGAGCUGCCGCUCUACAGAGAAUCCCUGGAGGUCACCUUCUUCCCAGGACAUUACUCGUCGGGCAGUGACCGGAGGAUCCCGCAGCUGGAGGAGGUUUUCCAGAGGUUCCCCCACAUGCCCAUUAAUGUGGAGAUUAAGGAGGAAACCCCUGAGUUGGUUAAACAGGUAUCAGAUCUGGUGAAACGGUACCAGCGCUCAGAAAGAACCAUUUGGGCCAGUGUAAAGGACCCAGUUAUGAAACUCUGCCAGGAGGAGAAUCCUAAUAUGCCUAUUAUGUUUACCGCACGCCGGGGUUUGAUCCUGCUCCUCCUCUAUUACACUGGGCUCCUCCCCUUUGUGCCUCUAAAAGAGUCUGUGCUGGAGAUGUACAUGCCGUCUAUUAUAAACAGAACCUACUUCCCCUCCAACCAGCUCAUGAGAAACCGCUUUCUGGUCUUUCUGCAGGACAAAUUAAUGAUGAGAAAAGGUCUCUUCCAGCACCUGCAGGCAAGAGGGAUCCAGGUGUAUCUGUGGGUUCUAAACCAAGAAAGUGACUACCAGAGAGCAUUAGAGUGCGGUGCAGACGGCAUCAUGACCGAUUACCCAUCCGAACUGCGCUCCUACCUGCAGAGAUAUGAGGGGGGUCAGAGAACAAGGAGUGAGGCACAGGGCAGUGUAACUGACAACAGACAUGGCAACUCCUACUGAGUGGGGACUGGCACUGUACUAGCCAUGUGUGACCUCACUGAAAUUGUCCGGAGUGAGACCAGCAGUGAUUCCCAACCAGCACCCCCCCCCUGCCCUAAUGGUCUGUCCUGGCACCAUAUGAGCCUGUCCCAGUCACCUGAUCAAUCACUUCUACUGCAUUGGCUGAUACACAACCUGUCCUGAUGGGCUUAUGGGCAAAACUUGAUCUUCUAUGGAAUUUUGUUGCCACAAGUGUAGGGGGGGGGACUGAAAUGAAAGUAACAUAAGUGCUUGUGCCCCCCAGAAAUAGCCCGUGUCUCAUGAAUCCUAUGUUCACCCCAUUUAAAUGAGAUCAAAUAUUUGUUUGAAUGUCAUUCCAUAAACACAAUGAAAGAACAAA